ACGUCUCCGCGCGGCGAAGUCUGAGCGCGGUCGGUCAUGUGAGGGAGGGAGGGAGAGAGAGAAGGGAAGACGGUCCGCUGCCCGUGGGUGGGGGAGAGAAAGCUCCUCUUUUAAUGAAUAAGAAACCGUUUCCAGUCCGCGUUAAAUGACGAGGGAACACUUCCUUCGGGCCCAGCCGGCUGUCUCUAAAGCGGAAAUAAAUCUGGACUAUUUGAUAAGGAAGAUCUCAUAGCAGUUUGGGGACAGGCGCACGCAAGAGCAAGAACAGGCGAAGGUUGAAUUUAAGAGAUUGCAGGACAGAUCUCAUCGAGAAGAAAAAAGGAUUACAGCAUCAGCUGGAGUGCUAUGGCCCCUGAGUUGAGGUGUCCCUGCAGCAGCCCCCCAUAGUGCUCGAGAAGAUCUCCAUAGUCGAUCUCCAUAGUGAGGUUGAGGUGUUCGCUGUACUGGGGCAGGGAUGAUCACAUCCCACAUGAAUGGCUAUGUGAGAGAGGACCCGAAGCUCGGUCCGGGCACCGGCCAGUCCAAGUUCCACAGGGAGAGGGCUGUGGACUGUCCCGGGGAGGACGGCAGCUGUGGCAAACCCUCCCGCUGCAGUGCCCAGAUGGAGAAGAUACAGCACUAUCAGGAGGAGCUGAGGAAGAGGAGGGAGGAAGAGGGCAGAGCCAAGCAUGACAUCGACCCCAACGCCUCACUGAGGCUGAAGAAACUCUCCCAGAAUCCCAAGAUUGGCAUUGACAAUCCCACCUUUGAGGAGAAGGAGAGGACUACAGAUGCUAAAGAUACCCAUGCCCAGGAUCCUGUUGUGGAGCUGGAGGAGUUGCUGCAGGCUCUGAAGUCGGUGCAGACUUGUUUGACUGAUUCCCAGAGCCAGCAAGAUGUGGAGCUCGUGCUUCAGCUACUUGCCAGGGAGGACUUCAGGAAUGCCUACACAGUCCAUACCGCCGUGUCCCAGCAGAUGAGCCGUGUUGGUCCCACCUCGCCCCUCACUGCCCAGGCACAGGGCCUCUGCCAGGAGGUGCAGAGCAUUCUCCAGUCCAGCCAACAGAAGGAUGGUUUGGAGCUCAAGGCUCUUCUCACCACUCCUCAUCUCCAGGCUCUGAUGCAGGCCCACGACAGUGUGGCAGUGCAGGAAAUGGAGGUGGAGGUUGAAGGUGUUAGCCAGUACCUGGGCGAGACGGUCAAACUGGUGCGACUGGAGAAGUCUCGCGACAUUCCUUUAGGUGCCACGGUACGAAACGAUAUGGAGAGCGUGAUCGUGAGCCGUGUGGUGAAGGGCGGGGCGGCAGAGAGGAGCGGCCUGCUCUGUGAGGGAGAUGAAAUCCUGGAGAUCAAUGGGAUCCCCGUCCGUGGGAAACAUGUCAACGAGGUUCAUGACCUGCUGCAACAAAUGCACGGCACUCUGACCUUCCUCCUUAUUCCAAGCUCUCAGACUAAACCUCUCCCACACAGACAGACUGUGAUGCAUGUGCGUGCCUACUUUGACUAUGACCCAUCCGAUGACCCCUUUGUGCCGUGUCGGGAGCUGGGCCUGUCCUUUCAGAAGGGAGACAUUCUGCAUGUCAUCAGCCAGGAUGACCCCAACUGGUGGCAGGCCUACAGAGACGGGGACGAGGAAAAUCAGCCCCUUGCCGGACUCAUCCCAGGGAAGAGCUUCCAGCAACAGAGAGAGACUUUGAAGAAGACUAUGACAGACAGGAGUCGGGAACACCAAAGGAAGGUUUGGUAUGCAAAGAAGAACAAGAAACAGGGGAAGAAAAGUCCGUAUAACUUCAACAGAAACGCUGAGUACGAUGACAUCCUGACCUAUGAGGAAAUGGCCCUCUACCACCAGCCGGCCAAUCGUAAGCGUCCCAUCGCCCUGAUUGGUCCUCCAAACAGUGGGCAGGACGAGUUACGAAGGAGGCUACUGUCUAUUGAGCCUGACAGAUUUGCCGGUGCUGUGCCACACACGACCAGGAACGCAAGGAUCCAUGAAAAGAACGGGCGCGAGUACCACUUUGUAAGCCGGGCUGCAUUUGAAGCCGACUUGGCAACAGGGAAGUUUCUCGAGUCUGGGGAAUAUGAGAAGAACCUGUAUGGCACCAGCACGGACUCGGUCCGGCACAUCAUCAAUUCCGGAAGCAUCUGUUUGCUCUGCUUGCACACCAGGUCACUGCGGGUGUUGAGGUCCUCCAAUCUCAAGCCCUUUACCAUUUUCAUUGCGCCUCCUUCUCAAGAACGACUACGCACCCUACUGGUCAAAGAGGGGAAAACACCCAAGCCCGAGGAGCUGAAGGAGGUCAUUGAGAAAGCCCGUGAGAUGGAGCAAAACUUUGGCCACUUGUUCGACGCAGCCAUCGUGAACACGGAUCCGGACACGGCCUUCCACGAUCUGCGCAGGUUGAUAGAGAAGCUGGACACUGAGCCGCAGUGGGUGCCCACCUCCUGGCUUUGCUAGAGGGCAGAGGGCUGGCGGCGGGGCGGAGGAUGAGGGACCCACCUCCCAGAGCCUCCGGACAAGGACGAGACGAAGGUAGGAGACACAAGCUGAAAGAAUGGUUUCAGAAACGAGAGAUGAACAUUUGCAACUCGUCUCUGGAGUUUCACUUUUUGCACAAGAUGGCGACCCGUUCUUCUUGUUCUUUAAAGUGCUGGCCGUUAUUACCUUGCAGGGAUGGACUUGAGUUUCUUACUGGUAUUUUUAUCCGUGUUUGUUUGCGUGGAGUGAUUUUUUUUUUUUUUCAACCAUACCGUUUUAUGUAAAGUCAUCUAUCGAAAAAGAAAUAGUGACAAUACUCCCAUCCAAAACUCUAGUUAUUUAUGAAUGUAAAUAUUUAUGUUGUAGAAAUAAAAGUCAAAUAUUCUAUUGUUACACUUCAUCUGCGUGAUACCCAAAGCAAGACGUUCAACUGGAAUAGUGCGUCAUUUGAGUACCAACCGAAAAAGGAAAAAGGGUCCUCGUGCUGCAGCUGAUAUAAAUGUGAAGUCUUCCAUUCAGACACCAAAGAGACGUCUGCUGUAUUUGGUAGUAUUUCGGGGAACCUUCCUCUCAACCAGAUUCAGUAUUAAUAUUAUUUCUGUUUCAUGUCACUGUUCAUAUCGUGCGAAAAACAUACCUCAAAAUCUCUGGUCUGUUCUUCAUUCUGUCAGUAUAAACUACUACAACAGGGGUUGUGUGUCUGUUUGUUCCACUGUUUAUGGACAGUACAUUUUAAUCGCUUAAUAUAAUCCAGCAAAUACUGUCUUUGGGUUCUUAGUCAUUCAUAUGCUCAACACUGGACAACGAUGUUAAUAAAUUCAUA